AUGAAGUAUAGUGCCGCUUUCGUGCUGCUGGCACUGGCCGUGCUGGUCCAGAACAGCUCAGCCGAGCAAGUGUCCUACCGCAACUACAAAGUCUACAGUAUUCAAGUGGACAGCGCGGAACAACAUGCUCUGCUUAAGCGCUGGGAAAAUGCAGAGGGUGUCGAUUUCUGGGACCGCGCUGGUCGCCGUGUGAUGAUCCAUCCGAGCCUUAAGGAAGCAUUCGAGCGGUUCCUCACCAUGAACAAGUUUACCCAUGAGCUGAUCAUUGAGGAUGUAGAGGCCACUAUUGAGGCUGAACGUGAGUACGAUCGCGAGUACCGUCGUCGCAAGGCCGCCUCAGGACGUGCAACGGUGGACUUUGAACACUUCUGGACAAACGCGGAAGUUAACGCGUACCUCGAUGAGCUUGCUGUGGAGUAUCCUCAUUUGGUGCGAGUGGCCACUAUUGGAACUACUCAUCUGGGACAGCCGAUUAAAUCCAUCACGAUUUCCACCAACGAGGGUAUUGCUGGAUCGAAGCCGGUUGUGUUCAUCGAUGGAGGAAUUCAUGCUCGUGAAUGGGCUGGCGUGAUGUCCGUGAUGUAUCUGAUCCACGAGCUGGUUGAACACGGCCGCAGCGAUCACGUCGAAAUGUUGAACAAGGACUGGGUCAUUGUUCCUGUGGCCAAUCCGGACGGUUACGGAUUCUCCCACACUGACAACCGAAUGUGGCGCAAGAAUCGCUUCCCUGCUACGGCCCUUUGCACUGGUAUCGAUCUUAACCGCAACUGGGACUACAUGUGGGCUUUCUCUAGCAACGCUUGCUCUGACUCGUACGCCGGUGUGUCUGCCUUCUCGGAGCUGGAAACGCAGGCUUUGGAUCGUUUGAUGCAACAAUAUGCAGACAGCAUUGCAUUGUAUCUGGCGGUGCAUACGUUUGGUGAUAUGAUUCUGUACCCGUACGGUUACACAUUGCCCUUCGUGCCGGUUGCAAACCAGGCCGGUCAUAUCGCGCUUGCUGAGCUGGCUCGUGACGCGGUCACCGCCGUUGGUGGACCACGGUACAUUGUGGGUAAUAGUGCGGAGAUUCUGUACACGGCUACCGGAUGUAGUGAUGAUUACGCGGCUGGAGUCAUCAGAGCCCCGUACGCGUACACGCUGGAGCUGACGGGAGGUGGCUCGACUGGCUUCGAUCUUCCUGCCUCGCAGAUUAUGGCCGUUGCAACCCAAACCUUCCAGAUUUACCGCACUAUGGCAUUGAACGUUUAG